CUAAACUCUACAUCAAUACUAGUUUAUCGCUUGGAGAAUAUUCUUCGUAACCGUAGAACGCUGCUAAUACGGAUGUGUGUAUGAGAAGUUGUUUUUCGACCAAGGAGCACUCACUAAUACUACUAUCAUCACCUCUGAGUUGACGAGAAAAAGUAUGGCGACGUGGGAGUGUGAGAAAUUUACUCAAGAAGACGGCGAUACUGAGGGUAUCACUGACAGUUUCAACAGUAUCCUAGUGACUCCUGAUUUGCAGGAUUGUCUUGAUGACAGUCUAGAUUUGACCAAUUUUGGAGAAAUAUACCAACAAUCGGCAGACUAUGAUUGCGCCAAAUAUUCGGAUACUGAGGAUACUCCAUUCAUCUCGAGACUACCUGAUGACACUACUGGAUACAUUCAUCAUACAAUCAGUCCGAAUGAAAUUUAUAUGCGGAUUCAUCCGGGCCAAAAUGAUUCUAUGCCCGAUGCUCCUUCGCAUGCAACAAUCACUAUUGAAAGCACCGAUCCGGAUACAAAUCAAAAGCACAUCAGUCGCUAUGAGUGCGAGUAUGAUGGUUGUUCGCGUACUUACAGUACCGUUGGCAAUCUCAGGACUCACAUGAAAACCCAUAAAGGAGAAUAUCGAUUCAAAUGCACAGAGCCAAGUUGUGGUAAGGCUUUUUUGACAUCAUACAGUUUGAAAAUUCAUGUAAGAGUACAUACCAAAGUCAAGCCCUUUGAAUGUACUUAUGAUGGCUGCGAAAAGGCAUUCAAUACUUUGUACAGACUGAGGGCACACCAAAGACUCCACAGUGGAAAUACCUUCAAGUGUGAAGAAGUUGGAUGUAUAAAAUUUUUUACAACUCUUAGCGAUCUUAAAAAACACAUUCGUACGCAUACGCAAGAGCGCCCUUACAAGUGCAAGGAAAAAGGCUGUGGUAAAGCUUUCACUGCUUCUCAUCAUUUAAAAACUCACAAACGAACUCAUACAGGGGAACGUCCUUAUACAUGCUCACAAAUUAAUUGCCAAAGAUCAUUUACUACACCACACAGUCUGAAGAGCCACUUGAAAACGCAUAGAAAAUUAAUGGAUAGUGGGCUAUCCGUUCUUCAUGCCCAAGAAACUCAAAUUGCACCCCAUAAUAUAAUCAAAGAAGAUUCAUUAUCAACCUAUACCAUCAUCCCAAUCAAUACAACGACUGAAAAAAUUGAUAAUACAAAUAUGGCCUUCAUAUCACCGAAUAUUAAAUCGGAAGGAACAACUGUUUUAACACUCAACGAUCUCCCCUUUAAUUUAUCUCCAAAUGGGAGUGUUUUGCAGAUUGACAGUACAAAUAAUAAUAUUUUAGUGGAAUCAACUUUUUCAUCGUCUGAUGAAAAAAUGACUAGUGAAACUUUUACCAAAGAGAAUCAACAUUUCGAUAUGUCAAAUUAUGGGGAUGCUGUGAAUGAAAAUUCGGCCAAUGAUGGAUUAUUAUCAUCAUCAUCAUCAUCAUCAUCAUCAUCAUCAUCGGCGGAGAGUGAAACAUUUGGAAAAGACAAAUUUACCUCUGCACCACUCAAUCUAGAACAAAAAAUUGUACGUGAUGGUAUUCAAAAUACUAUCGCCCAAUUGUCAGAUGUUAAUGAUAAUGGUGAUGCCGAUGAGGAUGAGGAUAACCACAAUAAUGAUGUAUCUUCAUCGUGCAAUAUUUUCACCAUGAAGGAUUUGAUCGAUGAAGACAGUGUUGAUGCCAUAUUGAACAAAACAUCCAAUCACAGCCAAGCACAGUUAUUUGACAAUAGUCUUGAAUCUCUUGCAUUCACAAGUGAAACCAAUAAUUUAUUAUUAAAUAAUGUGAGUGAACAAUCGGAGGCUGUAGAACUUGCCAUGGCUUCGGAAGAAGAAAUUCCAUCGCCAUGGAUAGAUGUAAUGGCCCUCGCUGCUAAACCAGCACUGAGAACAGAAUCUUGGUCAGAGGAGAUGAAUGCUUUUCCGACAGCUGUUCAUUCAUUGGUGGACCUUGUAGGACCAGAGCCGUCUCCUUUACAAAUUCAGACACAAAUUCAAGGCUCAACGAUUCUCGCAAUAACAGAACCCGAUCAAAUACCUCAACAAAUCAUUACAAAUUAUAGAGCAAAGGAGAGAAAUAUUCUGCAAGAAAUAACAGCGGAUGCUGAUAUUUGCAAAUGCACAGACUGCAAGUGCGAUCAAUCAAAAAAUUGUCACAAUUGUUCACCAGAACCAACUUGUGAUAAAAAAACCAAUACACAGAUGAAUAUUGUCAAUGAAAUUGUUUCGUGCUUACAAAAUCAAUGUACAAAUGAUAUAGCGACUAAUUGUGGCUCAUGUUGCCUCGUUAUUUGCUUCAAAACUCUGGAACAACUUCAAAGAGUAUUCAAAGAGAAUUGCUGCAGCCGAGACUCACAAGGCUCAUCGUGCCGUAGAGAUAAAGCAGCUAAUUUUCAUGAUAUUUAUCACGACGAAGAAUCCUGUAAAUGACUUUCAUGUUAAUGUUAUUACUUCGGAGGCUUUACUAGUCAAUUUUCAAAUCGAGUCUUAUGCUGUUCUCUUGCAUUUACAGAAAAUCUGUGAGAAUAGGAAAUAAAAUGCAAUAUAUACAAAUAUCUAUUUAAAAAAACGUUUUUCACAUUACCUCGACAAAUUAUGUAGCUCUAUGAUUUAAAUUGCCUUUUGCGUGCGUGUAUUUUUCUCAGUUGUAAAACUAAUACUUUAAAAGUCAUAAGUAAAGAAAAAAAGAUUAUUUUUCAAUUA